AAGAUGCUGGAUUAAAUUUUUUUCAAAAUUUUUGUAAAGUUCCAAGAUAUAUAUGUUAAAUUUUAUUGUGUGUCACCCAAUGUUCUUCAAAAUGCCACACAAAUGUAGCUAUUAAUAUUAUGAGGGUGAAGUGAAAAGUAAUUAGUCAAGAAAAACAUUAAAUUAAAAAUUUUAACACUAAUGUUUCCUGUCAUUUCCAGAAACCCAAUCUGAGUCUUCACCAAAGGGAUGGCUAAAUGCAGAAAGGCAGCACAAUAGAAGGCCUUGAUGCUGCUCCUCCACACAUGCCAACGUGGGACCAGCUACAGGCUCGAGUGUCUUAUCCACUGGUACGCCCUGUCUGGGUGGUGAGGCCUAACCCACCACCCCCUGAUGAAGAGGAGGAGGAAGAGGAAGAUGAUGAAGAGAGUGGUAGUGAUGGGGAGAGUCGUCCAGUCACACGUGAACCUUUACCACCAGCAAUGAAUCGAGCAGUAAUGCUUCCUGUGUUCCAUCACUUGCCUGUUAGAGACUUAAAAGUGGUAAUGCAAGUUUGUAGAACUUGGGCACAGUGGGCAGUUAACCCAUCUUUAUGGAAAACUAUUAGUCUAGCACACAAGCGAAUUGGUGUCUGUCACUUAGAGGGAAUAGUAAGGCGCCAACCUUGUGCUCUAGAUUUAAGUUGGGCUCGAGUAACUGCAGAACAGUUGUCUUGGCUUUUAGCUCGGCUUCCUCAACUCAAGGAGUUACAUCUAGAGGGUCAGGGUUGGGAAGUUGUGUCAUGCCUUGUCUCCCCUUACUGCUCAGCUUUGUCAAAACUCAAUCUUUCUUACUGUGAAGGAUUGUUUGACAGUACACUGACAACUUUGCUUUCAGCCCCACGAACUCAUCGUCCAGGCCACCGUGACACAACUACAAGACUACGUCAACUCACAAAUUUGCAUUUGGCAGGAACACAUGUUGGAGAUGAAGGAGUCCGAGCCAUUGUACGUUCUCUUCCAUUUCUUAGUGCUCUUGAUUUGAGCAGCUGCCAGCGUAUAACAGAACUAAGUGUGGCUUUACUAGCUCAUCCUUCUAGUGUUGUUAGUCAUUCCUUGUCAUCACUGGAUUUGAGAGGUUGUCAUCGUCUGGCACCUACAUGUCUACCAUCCCUCACUUGUCUGCCUCUUCUCUCCAAAUUAGCAUUGCAUCCCUGUUCCCAGAUCCCACUUCCAGCACUUCGUGUAUGGGGAAAAUCUCAUGAUUAUACACUUGGGUCAGAGGGUAUCUUAACAAGGGCACCUCCACCACCACCUGAUCCAGCUGCUGAUCCUUCUUCAGAUUCAGAUUCAUCAUCUCAUUCAAGAUCCUCCUCUCCUGGAAUUGCCCAAAGUACACAAGAAAUUCCAGAUGAAUCACAAAGCAGUCUUGCUACAAGGAAAGAAUUAGAAUGCCCUCAUAAAUUGGUUUCUGAUGAAAAGGAUGAGAAAGUAAAAGGUGAAAAUUUAGAUGAAAGCAAGAAAGCAGACACAGUGUCAGGCAAGACUUCAGACUUGGAGUUAGACGUAAAAUCAAAUGGGAUACCUCUAGGCAAAGCAAAAAAUAUUUUGAAUACGUCAGAUAAAAAGAAGCUAGACAAAGUGGUGGUGGUGGAUAAACAAGACGGUGCUAAACAGGUGGAUAGCUGCCAAAAGAAAAUGCCUAAUGAUAAACAAACCUUUGAAAGCUCUCAGAACAAGAAUGUGACACAAAAAGGUGAAACAGAUCUUGCUUUAAGUGAAAAUGUGAAAGCUUCAACAAGACAACAAAGCUACUUCCAGGAAGGUGAUGAUAUUGAAAGCUCUGUUGAACAAAUUGGUAAAAAAAAUAUAGAUUCACCAGAGCACAGUAAUAAAAAUAAUUCACUUUCAGAAGUCAGUAAAAAGAACUCUACUUCUUUAGAGCAAGUUAGCAAAAAACUUGCUGUAUCACCAGAACAAGAUCUUAAGUGUGGCUUAUCUGAGGUGAUGAAUGAAAAGACUGCAGUAGUGUCCUCUGAGCAAACAUCCAAAAAGCAUACACCUUCAUUUGAACAAGUUUUGAAAAAGAAAACUUCAUUUGUAUCUGAGCAAAUUCCCAAACAGAAUACAUCACCAUCUGAGCAAGUUGUUAAAAAGAAUACAUCACCAUCUGAGCAAGUUGUUAAAAAGAAUGCAUCACCAUCUGAGCAAGUUGUUAAAAAGAAUAUAUCACCAUCUGAGCAAGCUGCUAAAAAGAAUAUACCAUCUGAGCAAGCUGCCAAAAAGAAUAUAGCAUCAUCUGAGCAAGCUGCAAAAAAGAAUGCAUCAGUUCAGCAAGUCUUGAAAAAGAAUAGUAAAAUAGAGCCAUUAUGCAAAAGGAAUGUAGUUACUGAACAGAAUAUAUCACUACCUGAUCAAAUCUGUAAAAAGAAUUUGUCACAUCUAGAACAGAGUUCUAAAAAGAAUAUAGUAUCUGAACAAAUUUGCAAAGUCAAUUUUGCUCAAUGUUCUAAAAAGAAUUCACCAGAACGAAUAAACAAAAAGAAUUCUUCACGGCCAGAACAGAGUACCAGAAAGAAUUCUCCACUCCCUGAACAGAGUACCAGAAAGAAUUCUCCACUCCCUGAACAGAGUACCAGAAAGAAUUCUCCACUCCCUGAACAGAGUACCAGAAAGAAUUCCCCACGGCCAGAACAGAGUACCAGAAAGAAUUCUCCACUCCCUGAACAGAGUACCAGAAAGAAUUCUCCACUCCCUGAACAGAGUACCAGAAAGAAUUCUCCACGUCCAGAACAGAGUACCAGAAAGAAUUCUCCACUCCCUGAACAGAGUACCAGAAAGAAUUCCCCACGGCCAGAACAGAGUACCAGAAAGAAUUCUCCACGGCCAGAACAGAGUACCAGAAAGAAUUCCCCACGGCCAGAACAGAGUACCAGAAAGAAUUCUCCACUCCCUGAACAGAGUACCAGAAAGAAUUCUCCACGGCCAGAACAGAGUACCAGAAAGAAUUCUCCACUCCCUGAACAGAGUACCAAAAAGAAUUCUUCACUCCCUGAACAGAGUACCAAAAAGAAUUCUUCACUCCCUGAACAGAGUACCAGAAGGAAUGCAUCAAUUCCAGAAGAAAUUUCUAAGAAGAGCUUUGCAGAACGAGGUUCAGAAAGGAGUUCAUCCCCUGAGCAAGAUACCACAAAGAAUUCAUCACUUGAACAAGAUUCCAGGAAGAAUUCAGUGCCUGAACAGGACUCCAAAAAAUGUUCAUCACCUGAACAAGGCUUUAGAAAUUCAUCUGAACAUUGCUCCAAAAAGUGUUUAACACCUGAACAGGGUUCUAAAAAGAAAACAGAUUUAUCUCCUGAGAUGAUUACCAAUAGAGAUUCCCCAUCUCCUGAAAAGAUUACCAAAAAGAACUCGGUGUCCAUUGAUCAGAAUAAAACUCUCUCUCCUGAACAAGGAAAGCAAGAUAAGAGUGCUGUUGCUGCUGCUUCUUCCCCUGAGACAGUCAUAAAGACUGCUAUAUUGACAGAGCAACCUAGCAAGAAGACAAAUUGUGCAGAACAGACUUAUAAGAAGAGUGAAGCAACCUCUGAACAAGAUAGCAAAAAGAAACCACUUGAUAAGAAAGCUACAUCAGGAUCUCAGGUAAAUAAAACUUCUGAUAUACAGAUCAACCAGAAAAAUGUUAUCAUUACAGCUGUUGAAGUACAUCGUGCAGAUACUUAUGAAGGUAAGGUAAAUCAAGAUGCUUCUAAAAGACCUGAGAGAAGGCAAAGUGUGAGAAGGUCAAAAGAUGAACAAGAUCCGAGAGUUGAUGAGAAACGAGAAAAAAAUGAACGAACAGGCACAGAGUCACCAAAGGAUAAGCGAAAAGACCAAAAAACUAGAGAAGAAGAAAUGAAUAAAAUUACAGUUGAAGACUCUUCUGAAAAGGACACUAAACAGCAGAGCCCAAAGAAGAUGGAUGAGAAAGAAAAAAAACAAAGUGCUGCAAAUAAAAGGCUUUCAGACAAACUUCAGGAAUCCUCACCCAGAGUUAAACAGGAAAAAGAUAUAGUUACUAGAUCCACUAAAAGACUCAAGAGUGAAAAAUUAAAUGAAGAAAAGCAAAAUGAGGUAGUAAAGGAUGAAGAACUACAAAAGUCUGGUGAAAGUGCAAUAGACAUAAGGAAAAUUUCAAGGAGAGUCAAAGAACUAAAAGAUGACAAAGAGGAAAUUGUGUCAGAGGAAGCACAGAAAAGAGAUAUAAAGUUACCAAGACCAGCUAGUGCAAGGAAGGAGAAGGAGGUUGUUGCUGGAAAAUCCAGUGAAAAGAAAGAGGAUGACCAAAAAGCUGGUAAAAGGAGUCGGCCUGAUUUAGAAGAAUAUAUGUCAAAGCUCCGCAGAAAAUCUUAUGAAGGAGAGGGACCUAGUGAAUCCUCUGCUACUGAAAGUCUGAAAAAAGAGUCAAGUGUGAAAAAAGAGGCAAGUACCGAGGAAAGGAUAAAAUCCAGGAGAAGAUCAGUAAGAGAUGAUGAAAAUGCAAAAAUUGUGCCAGAGAAAAAACAAAAGGAGGAUGCUAAAGAGAAAAGCAAUAAAGUAGUGCAGGUUCUUAGUGAAGUUUCAGAACCAGUGGUGAAGCAGAAUAAAAACCCGAGUGACUCACAAGAUGCAAGUGCUAAACAAAAACGGAAAAGUGAAGAUGGAGAUGAUACAGGUGUAAGUAACAAGAAGAACAAGGCUGACUGUGAAGACAGUGCUAAGCCAGUGAAGAAAGCAACAGAAAUUACUCGGGAACGGUCAGGAAGCAGAGAAAGACCAGAAAGGGCUCACAGAUCUCCUAGAAGACUUUCCAUGUGUCAGUAAACAAAAAUUGUAAAUAGUUUUUCAUACAUGUUAUAGUAUUUAGAUACAUACCUCAAGUGAUUUAUGUAUUUUAACCUGCCCCAAUGUUUUAUAAUUGUUAAAAUUGGCCAAGUGUGUGUGACUGUUUACAGUGCUGGUAAUUGUGUCAGGAAGUACUGUAUUUUAUAUUUUUCAAGAAAAUGCACAGUACAUUUGUCCAGUAAAUAAAUUUUAUAUACAGUAUAGUGUACACAAAAUAAUUUGUUUUGUUAUGCUUUCAUUGAAUUAAGCUAUGUUUUCUAAUAUUAAUUGUAAAUUUUUAAACUAUUUAGAAAGACUUAUAAAAUACUAGGUUUAAUACAGUUUUUCUUCAAGCAUGCUUGUCAUUGAUAAUAUAAAUACUAUACUGUUUUUGUGGAAUUUGCAUUUGAAUUAUGAAUACUGUUUAUUCAAAAACAAAUACCAGUAGAUAUGGGUCAUACAGUUUACAUCUGAAAUUAGAAUGCAAUUAAAAUAGCAAUAAUUUUAGAACUGAGCAAAUGAGCAAAAGAUGUUGUGUAAUGUUUUACUUGCUUCUAAAAAUAGAAGUCAUGGCAAAUAAAUAAAUUUUAUAAUGCAAAUAAUGAA